CUUCACUUCCACUGCAAGUCGCGGACUACCUCACAGGCAGACGAUUUCAGAGUGACUGGUGACAUUCGAACGGAAUCUGUAGGGUGGGGGUAGAGGAAAAAAAGGAACCUGUUGAUUUGGCGGAAGAGAGUGAUUGCGCUUGCGCGCGUGGAGGGGUAUAGGUGGAUUGAUAGCUGACGUAUUACGUAGCGCCCGUUUCACCGUCGCGUCAUACCUAGCUGAGCUGCCUUCGAAGCAACAAGUUUCUCUCUCCAACUCUCUUCGGAUAUCCGUGCGUUGCUGCGGCGGUGUUUGUGUUUUGUGUAGUGUAUAGUGGUGCGCCAGCACGACGGCAGCCCCACACGCCUGGUUUGACCUGGAUCGUCGGAACUUGUCACCAUGCUACGCGCAGAGCAUGAGCUCCCCCCACAUGUAUGAUCCGGCCUUCCCGAGUGUGGACGAUCUGAAAGCGAAGUUGAAGGCCCCCCCGGUACUGCAAAAGGGCUUGCUUGAGCAUAUCGGCGACAAUUCUGUGCCAGACCUUUCGGACCUCAAUUCUCCGGAGCUCUCCUUCGAUCUCCAGAAUAUUAUUGGGCCGGACAACGGUCAUCCAGGAGCAUCCCUGGACGAAUCAUCUAGUCUUUUCACGGACAUACUCGCAGAGCAUCAUCAGCAACAGAAGGCCCCCCGGGGCUUUCCAAGUGUCUUGCAGCAGCACGGACAAGUUGGCCAUCCUUUCGGCCGAUAUCCCAUGCCACAGCAGUCCACCCUUGGCACUGACCAAUACGGAGCCGAGGCCGGAUUGGCCAUAAAGCGUGAACCCAUUGACCACAUCGACCUGAGCAGCUGCAGUCAACGGUCCUAUACCCAGACCGGCGCCAGCAUUUAUUCAUACUCCCCCAUAACGGACAGGCAGGUUGCCGCAGCAUCUGUGCUGGGCACCUACCUGCCCAACUUGGGUCGUGGCACGGCCCACAGCACCCCUUCGCCCCUCUCUAAUGGAUCUCUUAAGUCCCUGUCAUCUGGUGGCGGGGGUUCAAAGCACAAUAAGCACAAGAAGAAUGUGGAUAAGAACUCGGACGAGUAUCGUCGCCGUCGAGAGCGCAACAACAUAGCCGUGCGUAAAUCACGGGAGAAGGCCAAGAUUCGAUCGCGCGAGACUGAGCGCAAAGUGUCCGAGCUCGUUCGGGAGAACGACUUUCUGCGAAAGAGGGUCGAACUGCUCACCAAAGAACUGAACGUUCUAAAGAACCUCUUGUCCAGUGUGGGAAUGCAGCCAGAAAACGCAGAGAGCGAACUGGCCAAAAACACCAUGCACCAUCCCAUGGACUCCUACCACGCCAUGCAAGACCUGUAACCGUCCCACCUUUCACCUGGGACAAUCCUGUGUCCAUUUGAAAAUCCUGUCUCAGUUUUCUCCCCCUUAUCAUCUGGAUCAACCCCCUCUGACGAAAACGGCCUCCUUCCCUCUCCGGAAGAAGAAAUUCUCUUCUGAUGUUGUGACAGAUCUCUUUCUUCUCUUGUGUUCUUAUGAUGCAAAAUUCACAGAAAAACGUUGUCCACUACUCUUUGAGACGACCUCUCACCUGACAAAUUUGUCGUCCACCGAAGCAACAUCUCCAUCUGGGAGGAAAUUAUCCCAACAGGAGACAGUGUUCCAAUGGUGCUGUCAUCUUUGGGGCGAUUACAGUGCGUAUGCUAAGGAGAAAGAGCGCAGCAGAUAAGAUUCUAUUCUGCAUCUCCCAAGCUCUCUGGGAAAAGUUAACCGUGGUACGUUUUUUCCUUUUGUUUGUUUUAUAUGCUUCUUCUGAACGACAAGGAGGCUGUUGUUUGAUUUUGAUAUUAAGUAAAUCCUCGUUUAAUGAGAGAUCCCCAUGAAAAAUGACUGACAUUUUUUUUUCAAGAGAAUGCUGAGAAAAAAUAUUGAGGAAAGUUUGUUAAAGAAAUGAAACAGAGAAAGGCUUAAAUUAAUGAGUGGAAGAAACGAAUUUCUUUGGUUUAGGGCAUAUUGUUCUGAGUGGAAUGUAUUAUUAUUUUGUUUCUUCCAUUCUUCUGAAAGAGCUAAGGUUUUCCAUCUUGCAAGCCAAAUGAAGUGAGAGAAUUUUGUCAUUUCAAUACGGUGCUUCUUUUAUUGCAAUGAAUAUCCUGAUCGGACCGAACGAGUACUAUCUUUUAUUCUUUGUUUUUCAGCUCCAGAGAUAGAUGUACUGUUAGAAACUUUCAUUCCCCAUCUAUGUAUGUUCUACAGUGUCUAGUAAUUUAUUGUGUAAUCUGUGCAAUGGAAGCUGUUUCAUUAUGUGUGUGUACGAUAGAUUAUAAAACCAAUCUCCUAAGAGCAUUUUCCAACGCUUUCGUUUUUCACAGAACCUUGAAAAUGGAAUGCUUUUCUUUUAUUUAAGACUUUUCUUUUUCUUUUAAAAAAAAUCUUACUAGUGCAUUUACUGAUAAAGCUGACUGCCGAAUAUUUUUGAAAAUAGUAAAGGUAAUUUGGUACUUUUCUGAAACUUCAUAGCUUUCCUGUUAACAAUAAUCUUGGGUCAAUUAUCUGGAUUUAAUUUUUCACUGAACUUGGACUUUCAGUUAAUAUAAUGUCAAUUUGUAAUUAUGUUCAAAGUUUAUUGUUUAAAAAUUUGAUGUUAUCCAGUGCUGUAAAAAUAUGUAAAUUGUAUAUAUAUAUAUAUCUGUUGAGAGAAAAUAUGCACACAUUUUUCCACUAUGCUAUGUUAACAAAUAAUUUAUUUUAUGAAGUAUCAUUCAGUUGUUAACUUUAAGAAUAUUUAUUUAUGUCUUAAGUAUUUAAUUAUAAAUAUAUUUUAAAUAUUAAGAAAUGAAUUUAAUAUUAUGCACUUGAAAUUUGAUAAAUUAGAUGAAAAUAUAAUAGCUCUUUAUUUAAUAAUUAUGAUGGCAACAAGUUUUUAUAAUCAUCUGCGUUUCUUUCUUCUCUUUACACUGAUUUCCCCUUUUAAAAAAGAAUGACAAAAGUUAAAGUAAAAACGGUAAAGAAUUUUUAUUAUAUAUUUUUUGGUAAGCGAUGUUUUAUACAAUAUUUGUAAUAUCUAAUGUCUCAUAGAAAUAAGAAAAAAAACUUUCCUGCUAGAAUAGCAACUUCUUUGGAGAAAAAUCAGGCGAGUCGUUUUCGGAAGUAAUCGCCAUUUUACGCCGUCGAAAGUAAAAGUCAUCGCAAUUCAUCCAAAGCAUUCGCUAGAUGUGUGUCACGAGUGUUUGACCUUAUUUUACUUAAUUUUCCAAAGCCAUCACUCGUUGCUAUGACCCAAUAGCAGAGAAAUAAGCCUUUUGGUGCUGGUUUUUUAAAUUCCCCAUUUAACCUCAUUCCAUUUCUGUGCUAGAAGAAAGCGCAUAUAGUCAAAGCAGUGGCAUUAUUGAAAAAAAAAAAAUCACCAAAAAAGCGAAUAUCUCUCUUUUUCUGUAACAUCGUCUUGUUACAUGCGCAAAGCACAUAGGUAUCUUCAUUAGUAGCUCAAAGUUUUGAUAACGUAAUGCUUAUUUUUGGAAGCGAUGUCUUUUGGUGAAAAAAAAAAGUAUUCUAUGUAAUUUAUUUUUUAUUUCCUGUGCAAGCGAGGCUGUUUUACACUUUAUAUCAUAAGAUUUCUUGCUUUUUAUCUCUUCCCCUCUGAAAUUCACUUGUAAUUUAUAUCUACAAAAAAAUACAUUAUUUAUUCUGAAAUGUGACGGUUAUAUUUAUUUUUGUGAACUUUUCAAAACCUUAUUCUUGAAAAACUCUACACUUAUUUUAUUAUUUAUUGAAGUUUUUUUUUUAAUGUAUAUACCUUUAAAUUUUUAAAUUACUAUUUUAAAAUUUUUGUUCUAGUUUUGUGUUCUUGUAAUAUUCUUUCCUUGAAUAUUUCUUCUCUUAUCUUUUCUUUAAUAAGAUUUAUAUUGUUUGAACUUUAUUAUUAUUUUUUCAGAAGACUUGUAUAUAAUACCAAUCGUUAAUUGAUUUAAAUAGUAAUUUGUUGCACGAACAGAAGAUAUUCCAGAAUAUAUUUAUUUAAGAAGAAUUCUAAAAUACUUCUUUUCUGAUGAAAUUUUAGAAAAUAUUUUUAUGAAAUAAUUAUUUAUUGUCGAAGUAAUAAUAAUUCAAAUUACCAGGUCCAGUAUAUUGGUGGUUGUUGUAUUCCUAGUCUUCUGAACAAAUAAUUCCUAAUGCACUCGUUAUUCUGCACAAAUUGUUGACACUUCAAGCAAAGGUGGUUUCAAAUUUUAUUUAUUAAAAUUUUCUAAUGGCAGACUGAUAAUGUACUUAAAAAGUUUCUUUUUUUCAUAAUAAUGUAGUAAUAAAUCAGCUUUUUAAAAAUUCUUUCUUUCUUUUUUUAAAUUUAAAUGAGGUAAAUUAUUAGAGAAGAAAUGGCUUAAAAUCAAUAUUAAAUAAAAUAAUGAUUAUUUUAAAACGUUUUUAUUUUAGAUUUUACCGCAAACGAUUUUUUUCCCCUCUCUCUUUGCUCUACUGUAGAUAAAUUCUUUGCUUUUUUUUUUCCUCUGCAACCGCCACUGACUGCUCGUGUCAUCGCUAAGUGAAAGAUCUUUUGAUUUGCGUGUUAACGCUCGCUUGUCUCUCUCCCCCCCUUUUUUUUCAAAAUAAUCGAACAAGCCAAUUGUGAGAGAAUUCGAGAGAAUCUUUUAAUAUAAUGUAUCAUAGCAUAAAGUUAUAUAUAUAUAAUAUGUAUACAUAUAUAUCAUUCCUUGAAGAUGAAAAAACUCAUACACAAGGUUAAAAGUAUUUUGUUGUCACUUUUUGUGAAAUGCCGACCGUUCAUAUUGUUGUUUGUUGUUGAAACGCAAGCGCGAGAAAUAUAUCUCGCAUGAUGUUAUAUAUAUAAAAAAAAACACUGUUUUAACAUUUUACAUGUGGAAUGUGUUUUGUUUUACAAAUAAAAGUGAAGUUCGUUUUAA